AUAGCCUUUUUCUUGUAUUUUUCAAAACAAGUUUAUUCAGUGUAUGUCAUGUCUAGCAAUUACAUCUGUCAUGUUUUUGUUGGUGAUUGGUUUUGAGAUGGAAAAUAUAUAUCACAUUUUUUGUCACCAUAAUGUAUAUAGCACAACUCGCAUGCAGAAAGCCUGGAAACUGUGAGCUUCAGAUGUGCUCUACAAAACAGCCUAUAAGUUUGGUGUAUGAUCGAAGUUCUCAAGUACAGUAAGACAUAGGAUUCUCAUAACGAAGUGGUAAUCCACAUAUGCACUCUUGUUUUGCGUUGACUUGGUACAUUCUGUUUAUCGAAGUGGUUAUCCACUCAAUCUUUCUUGUUUGAUUUUAUUUGGUGCAUUAUGUCUCUCCGUUAUUUUACGGGGAAGUAUUGGCACUGAACUGAUUAUUAUUGAACGAGUGAUUCAACAAGGACACUGCCGAUGCUAUUUUCUUGUGGCUAUUAAGCAUCAAAAGCCUUUGCUGCUCUUGAUUCAAAUGCGCGUAGAGAGCAGAUAUAUAUUACAAAAAUGGACCUGUAUGUGUUAAAAAAGGAAAGACUGAUUUAUUCAGAUACUAUAUAUAUUCCUUAUUUGCACUGCAAAAAUGGACCCGUAUGUGUUCAAAAAGGGAGACUGAUUUUGUUAAUCAUAUUUUGUAUGUUUAUAAAGUUCAUGUACUCUAUGUGCAACAGCGGGCACGGCGGUUUCCUUUCAGGAAGGAGAUGGACAAAUCAAAACUUCUCUGAAAUCGGGUUUUAUGGUUUUAAGAUCCAAACUAACCUCUCUGCUUCUAUGAUCUAGUCACUAGAAUUUCUAUGACUCUGAUAGUUAAGACUAGAUUUUUACGAUUUGCGAUCUUAUCAUCAGAGCUUUGAUCCGAUUUUGAUUCUAAUAGUUAAGAUUCUACGAUUUGCGACCUUAUCAUCAGAGCUUUGAUCCAGAAUCACAGUGAUACAGCAUGACGUGCUCCUCUGUUUUGGGUACACCACACACUCCACGGCCUUCAUCCGGCAGAGCCACAACCACCCAACCCAGCUGACACCAUCAAAAUCGCGGUUACGGGUCUGUUCAUUCAUCCCGCACCCCACCUACACGCAGACGCAGCUCUCGGCCGCCGCCGCCACCAGGGCAAUGGAGCCCGAGCCCGACCGCGGCGUCUCCCUCCUCUCCCCCGCCCCAAGCCCUAGCCACCAACCCAGCCUCCGGGCGGCCAAGUCCACGGCCUUCAAGCGCGAGGAGCGCCGCAAGCACAAGGAGCAGAAGCGGGAGCGCAAGCGGCAGGAGAACCUCGCCCUCGCGCUCGCGCAGUGGGAGCCCCUCGGCGCCCCACCCCGCCCGGCCGCCACCCCCACUCCCGGCGAGCCACUCGACGACAAGCCCUGGCCGUGUGACCCGCCAUCUCCCGCGGACGCCGCGCCCUCCGCCGCCUGGGGCUGGGGCCCUCCGGCGGAGCCCUCCGCCGACAGGGGCUGGGGCCUUCCAGCGGAACCGCCGGCGCAGCCGCCGGUCGCGGCAAGGUGCCCCCAGGCCGACGCGGUGAGGGCGUGCCGCGCGUUGUUUGAAGAGCACGCCGAUAACGACGACGACGGCGACGAGGAGGGGGAGGAAGAGGAAGGCGAUGUGGCCCGGUUCUUCGACGAGCUGCUGGAGAAAGACGCGGACCUUAGGGGGUUCUACCAGGUGGAGCGGGAGACGGGGCGGUUCCUGUGCCUGGUGUGCGAGGGGGUCGGCGCCAGGGCGGGGAAGCGGUUCCCCGGCUGCGCCGCCCUGGUGCAGCACGCCGGCUCGGUCGCCCGGACCAAGAGGAGGCUCGCUCACCGCGCCUUCGCCGACGCCCUCGGCCGCCUGCUCGGCUGGGGCGCGGGCCGGACCACCCCUGUUCCGGCUGAUUGCGACAACGAUGGCGCUAUUGAUCAAGCUGAGCACUUGGAUUCUUCUGAAUGUGCAGAAAUGGAGGUUGCCUAAUUUAUCUCAUCGUGCUAACUUAGAGAUUCUUUCUUGGUCAGAAAGCUUGGAAAUACAUGUGAUUUGGUUUGAUGUAUCGAUAACCUGGAUGCUCAUUGUCAACAUCUGUGCGUAAUAUGCUCUGGUAACCUUGAUGCUUGUGUUUAACAUCUCAAGCCGGAUCUAAAAGUUUCUGAUUUGCAAUGCAUUGUAUUUCAGUUGUUGAUUCCUGGUGUGUAUUGAUCUUGAGUUUGAAGGAAACGAGUCUAACUACUGAGAA